CUCAUGUCUUCUGUUAUCGAUAAUUUGUUUGUUAUCAUUUUAUUCGGCAUCAUCCAUCGUUUUGAAGCACUGAUCGAACUCCCAAAAGUGGAACUGAACGAUCUCGUAAGAACAGAAAGAAUUAUAAGAAACACAACAAAUAACAUUUUAUCGAGUUUGAAAUUCAGAAAACCAAUAAACAGCACAAGGAUCAAAGAAUUUUCAACGUUACAUCACUAUUUUUUAUCUAUUACAUUUCGACAUUCGAAUACAUUGAGAGAAAUAGCUCGACUCACUAGAAUUGAUUAUAAAAAAUAUAAUAACUCAACGGAAAAUUUAACGACAGCUAUAAACGAAAUACUAGACGAUGGUCAAUGUUCGAAAGAAAAUAACAUAACCUCAAAUGAAGACACGAACGUACUUCUUUAUGUAGACAAUUUUCUAGCAAAACUCGAAUCCUUAAAAGAAAGUUAUGGCGUUAAUAAAGUAUUUUCCGAUAUUAAUUCUAAUAUAAUUAAGCUUUUAGAUGAAUCUAGACAAGCAGGUUUUAGAGCGAAAAAUAAAAAUGUAACGAAUUCAAACCCUAACAACAAUUUAUUUGACAGUAGUGAAUAUUGGGUUCCAAGCGGUCGACGCAUUUACAAAGGGGAGAGAACAAAAAUUAAACACUAUCCGUUCAUGGCCAGUAUUCAGAUUUUUGACGUGUUCCAAUGUGCCGGCUCUAUCAUUAAAUCGGAUCUUAUAAUUACAGCGUCUUCAUGUCUGCAAUUAGCUUGGAAUAAUCGUUUCUAUCGAGAGAAUCCAGCUUUCCUAGCUGUCCGUGUCGGUUCAUCAUUUUACAACAGUGGUGGGGAAAGAAUAGCCAUUUUAGAGAUUUAUUUCCACCCCGAUUACAAUCCAAAAAACCUUUGGAAUAACAUAUGCGUGUUACGUCUUGAAAGACAUAUAAAUUUUUUAAAAAAUAACGUAAAGAGUGUGAAGAAAAUAGCAAUUGAUAAAAAUCCUUGGAAUUUACCUGUUAAUACUCCAGGAAUUACGAUCAUUGGUUGGGGAGCUAAGUCGACCAGCAAUAAAGUGGGUGAUCCAUUUCAUAAUAUACUUUCAUUUUCACAUCUUGAUGUUUAUCCGACUAGAGAAUGUCAAGAAGUUUACAGCAAGGAGUAUGUCACGAAGCAAAAUUUUUGCGGCGGUUUCUUCUCAAAAGGUGGUGGUGCUUGCAAUCGUGAUGUAGGUGCCCCGGGUAUUAUUGGAGGGACUCUAGUCGGCGUGGUCAGCUUCGGAUCUCCAGUUUGUGGCACACCUGAUGCGCCAACCGUCUUCACCAAGGUCGGCUACUACUAUCGAUGGAUAGAGACGAUCAUGGAUAUGCAUGUACCUCAUAGUAAAAAGAAAGCAACAACAAAAUACACUCUUGAUCCGUAUGAACAAUAUUUAACAACAACUCCUGCAACAACGACGUUUAAAAUAGAACCGCUUUUAGGUGCAAAACCUCCUUCAGUGCUCGAUGAUACGGAAUACGAAGAUAAUGAGAACACGUUACGUACACUUGAUGAUAAAUUGUUCCAAGAAUUUCUAGAAACUAUGUUCGGUAGUAACGAAGUGCAGAAAUACGAAGAUGUGAUACAUCAAGACGCGAACGCUUUAAGAGAUACUAAAGAUAAACUGACAGUUAAAAGUAAAAUCGAAGUAACUACGACUGAAAUUUCAGUUCAGGCUGUUACAUAUGCAUAUGAUUCUGAAGUAGAAAGUCCUCGGACACAAAUCAUACCCGUAGAUACAUACGAAAUGACAGACAAAGUACCAGUUACAGAAAAUAUUGAAGUCGAAGAAUCGUAUCAUAGCAAAUACGUUAGUGAUUCAAAACAUAAAUCUAAAAUCGAAAGAAACAAACCUAAAGAUAUUGUCUAUGAAAUACCAGUUACAACUACAGAAGAAGCACAAGAAAUAUACCUUGAACUAGCUCCAGAUUCAGGUAGAGAUUCUGAACAAUCCAACGACAAUCAAGAACAAUCAAUCGACAAUCAAGAACAGAUUGUUGACCAAUCAGAGUCUAAAUCAGAGGGUGUGUCUAAAGAGAAUUCAGAAAUAUCCUCCGCUGAUAUUAGCGAUAUACCAGGAGAAGAAGUCAUAGCAGAGCUAUUAGAUGAAAUUGAUUUCAAUCAAAUUUUAAGAGAGGUCUCCACUGAUGCUACAAUAUCUAAAACUUCUCGCUCGAGUUAUGCGACUAAAUUACAGAGACAUAGAUUCCUAAGUACUACUACGGAAUCUAUAAACACUAAAAACUCCUACAAUAUUCCUCGUGAAUUAAAAAGUGCAGAUGGCGUUGUCGAAUCUGGUAAUAAUUCAUUACUAACAUUAUUAUACAUAUCAGAUGGAGAAAGGAAAAGAAAUGAAAACAAAUAUAAUUUGAAUGUUGAAAUUAGUAGAAGUAAAAAAAUUGAUCCGAGACAUUAUAAAAGAGAUAAUGCAUUAAACGAUUUGGGUCCAAAAACUGAACUUUAUAGGAUUAUAUCACGUGUUAUUGAAGCUGCUAUGAGUAAUCAAAAAUAACAUAAUCCUUUUGAUA